AAUUGAAUUAGCUGCUCAAUCAGGAAUCCUCCACCUUGAAAUACAAUUGCCAGCAGAUAAGUCUCAUUUCGCAGUUGUCUAGCCAUGAUUACACAGCUAAUCAGCGCAUUCGUGCUAAUCCACGCAGCUUAUGCUGCUCCAGCGGUAUCCAAGAUCGUGAAUGGCACAGAUGCAUCGAUCACCGACUAUCCUUUUAUGGUAUCGCUGCGAAGUGCUAGUGGUGGACAUUCCUGCGGUGGAAGCAUUAUCAACGAGUACUGGAUUCUGACGGCGGCUCACUGCGUCAACUACUACACUACACCUAUUCUGCAGUCGGUUCAGGUGGGCAGAAGCGAUGUUUCUAGAGAUGUGGACGAUUCCGUCUACUUCCUGGAUGAUGUAGUGAUCCACCCGUUUUACGAUGCGGGAAAUAGUUACGUGUACGACAUUGCGCUGCUUAAGCUGAAGAAACCAUUGGUAUUCAACGAAAAUGUCCAGCCAGUGAAACUUGCCAACAAGUGGUCCGAACUGGAAGAUGGCAACUUGGAUGUUACCUUGAUCGGUUGGGGCCGACUGUGGACUAAUGGCGAUUUGCCGACCACGCUGCAAAAGGUGGAUUACUUCGCUGUGCCAAAUGAGCAGUGCAACGGGUUCCAUUCGCAGCAUAUCUACCCGAGUCAAAUUUGCGCCGCUGUGCCAGAAGGUGGCAAAGGGCAAUGCAAUGGGGAUUCUGGAGGACCAUUGCUGCAUAAUGGAAUUCAAGUUGGUAUAGUCUCCUGGAGUGUCAAGCCAUGUACGGUUGCUCCAUAUCCCGGAGUUUUGACCAAGGUUUCGUACUUUAUCGAUUUCAUCAACCAGUAUACCAAAUAAAUGAAAUGAUUUUUCUCCUGGAAUAAUAAACUAAUGGAAAUGCGUUUGUUCACAACUGCCAAGAUGUCAGUUAUUAAA